AUGUUCGAAGAUGAAGAGAAAACGAAACUGAAGCCAUCACCAGAGUUUUUGUCUUCAUUGGACACAAACUCUCGUCAGUUAAUUGAUAAAAUAGUGGCAGAAGUUGAAAUAAUGGAAUGGAUGAUGCCACAUCCACCAUCUAUUUUGCGGGAUAAACAGUGGGAAAAGUUGAUGACAAUAGAGAAAACGGAAGAUCGAGUAGCAUAUUUACGAGCAUAUGCAAAACAUGUUUUUCGCGAUGAAAUGCGCGAAGCUAAAAGAAAGGCGAUUGUAGAUUCACGAAAUGCAUUACUCAAUUUUCAGCGUGCGAAGUUUGAUGCUGGUGCCAUGGGCUACGGCCCAACAAUGCAUGAAUUAAUCAUUUCUAAUAUGGAGCGUAAUGCGAGAAGAAUCAAACAUAUCGAGGGAGCAGCGAUGUGGAGAACUUUACGGCUGAAGGAAAAACCACGACUUGUCAUGGACUGUCAGUUUAUCGCUGAAAAAUUCGAUGACUUUUCGUCUCGUCUCGCUACGCAACUGGAAUACAUCAUACAAGAAAAUCUUCGACGUCGGGAACCAUUUGAUUUGUCUAUUGUCAAUUACGAUGAAAACAAUCCAAACUGUCAGGAUGUCACGAAACUCCUGAAGACUCAGUAUGCUCAUCAGACAAUUCUGCCACUGCAUACAGACAAGGAUGUAGUUGAUUUGUACAAUAAAGAAGAUAUCAUUUAUAUUGCCAAGUAUGCAUAUUAUGUGGGCUAA